AGAUCAGUUGCCGCUAGUGACGUCACGAGACCAAAGGUGCGUUCACGGACACAGCGGCUUCAGUUAGUCGUGCGACUUGGUAGUGACAGUAGCAAACGCUCAACAGGGAAGUAGAGGAUACGUCGCUGGGCUGAAGACCCAAAACAGAAAAGACGCUUUGGAAGUGUGCUUUGUAACAGAUAUUUACUCUGCAGAUGCCUGACUCCAGUCCUACUUCUACGAGCCAUGUCGAGCCCUCUUGCUGAUCUUUCUUAGAUGGCGACAUGCCAACGCCACACCAUUAUGUCAUCUUGAGCUCACACCGGCUUCCCUCUGAUACUCACUCACAUUCUUGAGUACCAUUAUGGCACCUGUUCCUCCAGGUAUCCGUCUGCUGGUGUCUUUCAACAGGGACCAAUGGUACAAAGCUCUGACCUUCAGCCUCACCUUCUUGCUUUACACCAGCUUCCACCUUUCCAGGAAACCAAUCAGUAUAGUCAAGAGCGAGCUCCACAGAAACUGUUCACAAGUCAUUGAAGGACCCACAAUUGUCUCCAGCAGCGACAAGAGUGACGGACAGAAGUUCUUUCUACAGGCUCUUCACACCAACAUGGACUGUAGUUGGAAGCCUUUUGAUAAAAACAAUUACAAACAGCUGUUGGGAGCCAUGGAUUACUCCUUCCUUUGUGCUUAUGCAGUGGGGAUGUAUCUCAGUGGUAUCAUUGGCGAACGCCUGCCGAUUCGCCUGUACUUGACCGUGGGUAUGCUGGCUAGUGGCCUUUUCACCUGCCUGUUUGGACUGGGCUACAUCUACAACAUCCACAGUCUGGGCUUCUAUAUCUUUGUACAGGUGGCUAAUGGAUUAGUCCAAACCACUGGCUGGCCCAGUGUUGUAACCUGCAUUGGCAACUGGCUUGGAAAGGGAAGGCGUGGACUCGUCAUGGGGAUUUGGAACUCUCACACUUCAGUGGGAAACAUCUUGGGUUCUUUGAUCGCUGGUUAUUGGGUUUCCUCCAACUGGGGCUUGUCCUUCAUCAUCCCAGGCCUCAUCAUUGCAGCCAUGGGUGUUAUCUGUUUCCUUUUUCUUAUUGAGCAUCCAAAUGACCUGAAAAGCUUGGACAGUGACAGUUGCUCUCCAGGAAAGAGUGUGCCAACUAAGACUUGGAAAGGAAUAAGAGCACACACCGAGAUGUUUCUCCAUUAUAAGGAUAAAAAAGCCCAGAGUUGUGGCACAGAACUUUUGUUGCCAAAGGAAGGCUCGCGUGUGCUCGUGCAGCCAGUUGUGGUGGUGAGGAGUGAGUCCGAGCCGUCUGCCAUCAGCUUCAUGGGAGCCCUACGUAUACCAGGUGUCAUUGAGUUUUCUCUUUGUCUGCUUUUUGCAAAGCUGGUCAGCUAUACCUUCCUCUUCUGGCUACCUCUUUACAUCACUAAAGCAGCUCACCUGGAUGCCAAGAAGGCUGGAGAUCUUUCCACCCUGUUUGACGUGGGAGGCAUAAUUGGAGGGAUAUUUGCCGGAGUAAUCUCUGAUAAACUCGGGAAGAGAGCCACCACCUGUGCAGUCAUGUUGCUGCUUGCUGCUCCUACACUAUAUGGCUUCUCAAUGAUCAGCGAGCUUGGUCAUGGACCAACCAUUGGAGUGCUUUUAGUAUGUGGAGGUCUUGUUAAUGGCCCUUAUGCACUCAUCACGACUGCUGUGUCUGCUGAUUUGGGAACCCACAAGAGUCUCAAAGGCAAUGCCAGAGCAUUGUCAACGGUCACUGCCAUUAUUGAUGGGACGGGGUCUGUUGGUGCAGCAAUGGGACCCCUGCUGGCUGGGGUGUUAUCUGCAGGUGGUUGGGAUCAGGUGUUCUACAUGCUCAUGACUGCUGACUUCCUUGCUUUACUGCUUUUGCUAAGGCUUGUGAUGAAGGAGUUGUCCUCAGCGAAAUCCCGACCCAUCUCUUCUGUAGAGUUGAAGGAGCACUGACCACUGAUUGCACUGCCUCAACACAGAAGUACCCAAACACAAAAGCACAUGUAAACAACUGACAAUACAACACAAUACGUACACCACUUGUCAUGUUGAAGUCACCCAGAACAGCACUUCAUUUCAGUCUGGGAUUCAACUUGUAAAAUUACGUUUACUUGUAAAUUUGAAAUUACAAGGCAACAUAUUUGGCAUUUUCACAACAUUACUACAAAUUUAGAUUAUCCAUUUUGGACAAAACAUUGAAACAUUUUGGUUGUUAUUUUUUUUAAUGAAAUUCACUUUUUUGCUGUAAUUUCACAGAACUGUGCUGCACGUGUAUUGACCAUUUAACCUUUUAAAACCACCAGAUGUCAGUACAGUCACUGCAGUACAGUACAGUACAGCGUGUAGCUGGGUUGCUUAUUGUAGUAACUGCUAUACAGUGCUUGGAUCGAUGAACAUGUACGAUACAUCCACGGCAACAGAGAAUGUCAGCUAAAAGCUCAAUAAAACCAAUUUUAGAAAAACGGAAAACAAUUCAAACCUUAAGCACAUUACUGCGCGUAUGUGGAAAACAAACAAACACAGAGGCAUUUUACAGUAGCACUCGAAAUUUUUACUUUCAUUGUCAUCCACAUUGAUCUUGUAGAUGCAGAGAAAACGAGCAUACUUGCCCUUUUUCGGGCCAGUGUUUUAAAGCCUUGGUUGUUAUGUUUUCCGAGCAGUUAAAGGACACUUUGUCCAAAUUUAGAAUUUUGUCCAUCAUGAACACAGACGUCUUACUCUUUUCUGUGUGUUCUAAAGAUAGAUAAAAAGAGACAGCUCAUUACUAUAAAGCCUUCUGAAAAAGCAAUCAAUGCUUAAUUAACACAUAAUAUGACAUGCAUGUUAACCAAGCUACAGUGAUGUUAUUAUUUACAUUGAUACGUCAAUCAAACUAUGUUACUGACACAUAGUAGACAAUUCACCAUACCACAUUGGCUAUCUACUCGCCGCCUUGCGACUUGUUUCACCACACACUUGCUCAAAGUGCCUCAGACCACUACCAAAAAGGUAAGGAUACAUUUUGUAGAUGUCACGAGGUGUAGGCAUUUCCUUCCUCGGAAGGAAGUUCAGAUAAUGCUUAAAAAAGGACCAAAAUACGGCAAAGUACUGUAAGAUUUAUCUAAGGUGAAUGUACCAUGUCACUACAUGGGUACAGCGUGUAUAUAAAACCAUAACUCCUUGUUGGUGUUUUAAAUAGCCGUCUUUGUAGGCAGCUUAGAUGUGUCUCAGUACAUCCAGUCUUGAGCUGUCUCUUUUUAUGUUUUUAUACCUUUAGAAUACACACAAAAGAGAGAGAUUUCAAAAUCUCAGAUUUCUUUUAGUACAAGGCUACUGCUUCUAAAAAAUGUUUUUGAAAGUCUAGAAAUAAUUAAAAUAAUUGUUUUUUUAAUUAUUUUUGUAAUUUUAAUUCUAUUGCUAUGAAAGUGAUUAUACUGUAACUCUCAUCACUGAAAGAACAACCCACACCUUAUCAAAUUGGAAAGUAAGGAAUGCAUUGUAACCCCUUUUUUAAGUCGGCCCCCUUUAUGUUGACAACACAGUUUUCAUCCUAGUACUAAACAGUGAGCACUUCAUUCGGCGUCAUCAUACGUGGUUGAGCGCUUUUUUUGACAUGGCAUUUGCGACCCAAAGGGUUAGACUUCUUAGCACAUUUAAAUUUUGCACAAAUUUUCAACAAAGUGCCGUAUGUUAAAAAAUCCUUUAUAUUUAUUGGUUCUCUCGACGUGAGUUAGUCAGUGUUCUAUUUUUCAUUACGUUCCUGAUCUGUUCUAAAGAACAGUGCAUGAGAUCUGCCUCCAAGGGAACUCUAGUCAGGGAAAAAUAUGUAAAUACCGAAUACGUUUGACCGAAAUAAACACUCCGAUGAUAUGCCUUGAAAAAUAGAGAUUCAUAAUUUUUGGCUGCAUUUGCACAAAAUCUUUGGGAGCAGCCGUGUAGUUUUACAUUAUUAGAACUGUGUGAAUGCUGAAGAUAUAUAUUACAUGUUAUUAAGCACCAAAAUGAAUUUAUUUAUCUUUCAAUUUACUCAUCCAGGAUGCAAAAUCCACAAAAACCCUUUGAUUUGGAGAAGUAUUACUUCUUCCACAUUUCUGAAAUGAUUACAACACCAAACCAUUCAGCUCAUUCGGACAUCUAUUUUGACAUUUGAAAAUGAUUGGGUUUUUUUCAAAUUUUUCAAACCAUUCAUGCUAACAAUAUUAAAAUUCCCCACUUUGUCUGUAAUUCCAUAUUGUCUGCACAGCAUUUCAGUUGACUUGCAGCCCUUCAGCAUUCACACACAGUUUAUCCAGAAAUUGCCUACUCUGAUUUGCUUUGAGAUUUCUUUGAAAAUGAAACCAAGCAGUGGCCUACUUAAAAUUGGCAAAAAUCUGUUCAUAUUUUCUGACAAAUGUUUACUGGCAUUGACCUUUAUAUACCUCAUCUAACUAGAGUACAACGAAUGAGUUAUAGACUAUAAUUGUGAGAAAACAAGGCGGCAACAAAACAUGUUUUAUUGUUUUUUUUUUUCAUUGUCGUGCUUGUGGGACCAGUGUUAAACAAGGUUUUAACUUUUGUGUUUAUUUUGAUGAAGAUAAAGCCUCAAUGGCAGGUCAGUCACCUGUUUUUACGGUGUAUCCAGAAAGUACUCGCAGCACUCCAUUUUAUGUCACAGCCUUAUUCCAAUUUUAUUUCCAUCUACACAUAAUAAUCCACGGUUUUUGCAAAUGGAUUAAACAUGUACUUUGCUGAAUGCUAAAAAUUGAGCUUAGGCGCAUCAUGUUUACACUGAUCCUCCUUGGGGGAGGCCCAGCGGUCAAUUCACCCCCUGUUUCAUGUGAUCACGUCUGAGCAGAAUGGGGACGCGAGUAUCCCACCUGUAGAGGGCUCCCAUUUGCCACACAUAUUGGAGGAAAUGACCUAGACCACAAAUACAUGGUACAAUUUUUUUACAUUAUUUUUUCUUUACCCCUCACGUCUCCCCCACGAGAAUCCAGCCCUGGGCAAUUGUCUAUGUGACCCAUCGCUAGAACCUCCACUGGUCGGGAUUGUUUCCAGGCAUCAGACUGGGGAGGGGUACAGAAACAUUUUUGCCUUUUUGAAGGAAAAAAAAAGUGAAAAAAUGAAAUGCUUUGAAAACUUUCUGGAUGCACUGUAUCUGCUUUACAUGACUAUUGAAAAAGAAAACCCAUAAAACGCUUAAGUGUCUGCAGUGAAACACAAAUCUCAGUUCACUGUCAUUUGAAUUCAUUUAAAUGUUCCACAUGGCAACAGUAACUAAAGCUGUUAAGCACAAUAUCCCCAAAUGAACACACAGGAAAGUCAGUAAAGGGACCUAAAAUUGAGCCUUGUUGCACCCCGCAUGAUGGAGGAGUAGAGGAGGAGUUUCUGACAUUUUAUUUGUUCAACUCUUGCAACAUUUUUGUACUUGGGUGUGUCAAAAUACUGUAUGUAUGAGCUAGGGUUGGGCGAUAUUUAAUACCGGUAUAGAUUCUAUCAAUGAUAAGAAAAUUACGGUAUAAGUGAUGAACGUAAGCAAGUUGAAGUUGAUGACCGUGAAUGAAAUGCUGUCAUUAGGACAAAAUCAUUAUAAACACUGAACAAUCCCCUCCCAACCGAAACAAGUUGAAUUGGCGAUAAACGUCAGCUGAAUCUGACGUGUGCAAGCUAGCAGGGUUUUAGCUUGCGUGGUUGUAAAGUUAGCCAAUUUGUUACCAAUAAAUAAAUGUGCUUUACAAUUUGAAAAAACAAGUGUAUUUCAUUAUAUGCCUUAAGGUUUGUAGCUUUUUAUACAAGACUCUGCUGAAUAAAAAUUUUAGAUCGUUUUAUAUCGUCAUAUCACUAUAUAGCCUAAAAAUAUAGUGAUAUACGUUAUGAUCCAUAUCGCCCAACCCUGGUAAGAACUAAGGCUGUCAAGCCCCCAAAUGUUGUUGCAGGUUUUAUGUAGAAUAUGUGUUAAAGAGUAUAAAAAAGUUCACCAAAGAGUUUUGAUUGUCAUUAAGAAAACCCCUAUUUGUCACUUUGUAGAAUAAAGCACUAUAUAUGUAUUUGUCUCCAUUAAAAAUGGACAUUAUUGAAUUAAAACAAAUGAAAACCGGACAACACUUUUAAUGAAACUUAAGUGUUGGAUAACAAUAGGUACUGUCUAUUUUUAAUAUAAUAUAUGAAUGUUAAAUUUGGGGAUAAUUGCCUUCAAUGGUGGUAGCACUGAGACAAGUGUGUUUCUUAGCUGUAUUUAAUGCAUGUUAAUGGUGGGCCUUCUGUUGAAACUGUGUGCCUUUUUGGUCAUUUUACAGGCAGUCGAUAAUAAAAAAAAAUGAAA